CAAAAGAGUCUCGCCGGCGUCCCCGCCCGCAUAGUCGCGCACACUCGCGCUCGGGCGCCCUAGGAACAGGCACCGGCGCCCGGAGCGAGCCAGAGAGCGGCGAGCCGGGGAUCCACCCGGCUGAGCCAGCCGAGGAUUCGGCGAGCCGAGCCCACGACGACCCCACGCCCCCAAGCCCCGCAGCCGCCCCCAGCCGGCCGGUAUCCCCGCCGCCCUCCCUGACCCAUGGCGCUGAAGCGGAUUCAGAAAGAAUUGAGUGAUCUACAGCGCGACCCACCUGCUCACUGUUCGGCUGGACCUGUGGGAGAUGACUUGUUCCACUGGCAAGCAACUAUUAUGGGGCCCCCUGAUAGCGCAUAUCAAGGUGGAGUCUUCUUUCUCACUGUACAUUUUCCGACAGACUAUCCUUUUAAACCACCAAAGAUUGCUUUCACAACAAAAAUUUACCAUCCAAACAUAAACAGUAAUGGAAGUAUUUGUCUUGAUAUCCUGAGGUCACAAUGGUCACCAGCUCUGACUGUAUCAAAAGUUUUAUUGUCCAUAUGUUCUCUGCUUUGUGACCCUAAUCCAGAUGACCCCUUAGUACCAGAUAUUGCACAAAUCUAUAAAUCAGACAAAGAAAAAUACAACAGACACGCAAGAGAAUGGACUCAGAAAUAUGCAAUGUAAAAUCAAAAAAAAUUUCAUAUAUACCAGAGUACUGUAAAAUCUAGGUUUUUCUCAACAUUAGCAGUAAAUCGAGCACUGUUUACUGUUUCAUUGUACCAUGAAAUCCUUUGAUUUUUACCCAUUUUAAAUGUAUUUCUGAAGCAAGACAAAACAAACUUCCAAAAAUAUUCUUGAGACUGUGAUGAGAGCAUUUAUCAUUUUGUAUGCAUUGAGAAAGACAUUUAUUAUGGUUUUUAAGAUACUUGGACAUCUGCAUCUUCAGCUUACAAGAUCUACAGUGCAUCUGAAAAGCAACCAAAUUAUUUUUUGCUGAAACUAGAUGUUUUUACAUGAAAAAUACUGUAUGUGUUGUCUAAGAUGUCAGUUAUAUAAAUCUGUAUACAGAUUUCAUUCUUUGUUAGCUCACUUUAUAAUUUGUAUUUUUUUACUGUAUAGACUAAAUAUAUUCUAUUUACAUGUAUGUCAACUCGUUACUUUUUUCCUGUGAACAGUAUUGAAAAAACCCAACAGCUGAUAAUGAAAUGAAUUAACUGUCCGUCUCCCUUGUCUUAGGGUAUUCUGUAGAUUGAUUGCAGAUUUCUUAAACCUGAAAUGAUCUUUACACUGUAAUUCUCAGUAUACUGAUUAUGGAGAAACACUUGUUUUGAUUUUGUUAUACUUGACUUAACUUUAUUACAAUGUGAAUUAAUUGCACUGCUAAGUAGGAAGACGUGUAACUUUUAUUUGUUGCUAUUCACAUCUGAAUUUUUUUCUGUAUAGGCAAUAUUAUAUUGACACCUUUUACAGAUCUUA